AUGUCUGGUCCUGGCGAUGAGUGGCCCGAUUGGCCUGAAAUGACAGCCGAGACUGGCGAGCUGAAUCCCGAUAACAUCAAGAUCAAGAAAGAGAUCGCUGCCGCAUAUGGCGAGGCGGCGUUGCGAAAGAGCUGGCUCGCUGUCUGCGAGAGGCUGAAGGGCUUGACGGACGAGAUCGCAGCCAAGCGCACCAGCAUCAUUCCCGAGCUGGCUUACGAUGACUUCUUCAAACUCGGCGAGGAGGAGAAGCAGCGCCUGCGCGAUGUCGGGUGCUUCGUGGUCCGGGGUCUCGUCCCCGAGGAGACCGCGAACGGCUGGUUCGAGGACCUCAACAACUACGUGCAAGAGAACCAAGGGGUCAUCAGUGGGUGGCCGGCCGAAACCCCCUUCAUACUCCAGCUAUACUGGUCGCGAACGCAGAUGGAGGCGCGCACGCACCCCCGAGCGAUGGCUCUGCACCAGGCUCUCAACGAGAUGUGGCACGACGACGACGACGCCGGCAAAGCCUUCGCCUCGCCCCUGGUCUACGCCGACGCCGCGCGCAUCCGGCCCCCCGGCGUGCCCUUCCGGGGUCUCGGGCCGCACAUCGACGCGGGCAGCCUGAGCCGCUGGGCCGACCCCAACUACCGGCAGGUGUACGAGAAGGUGUGGACGGGCAGCCCGGACGAGUACGACGCCUACGAUCUCACGGACCGGAAGCGAGCGAACCCGGCGCACUUCCCAGGGGGCGCGCAUUCGCACGUGCUGCGCCUCGCGCAGGGCUGGACGGCGCUGACGGCGGCGGGCCCGCACGAGGGCAGCCUGAUGCUGUUCCCCGAGGUCAAGACGUCCAUCGCGUACGUGCUGCUGCGGCCGUUCUUCCAGCCGCCGGCGAACGCGGACGACGUGCUCGACGCGGAGAAGUGGACUUUCGACACCGAGGACCCGUGGUUCCCGGGCGUGUGGAGAGACGACUCGCAGUAUCUGAGCCCGGACGCGUUUCCCCAUCUGCGGCUCAAGGAGUGCUUGGUUCACAUCCCCAAGAUGAACCCGGGCGAUACGGUGUGGUGGCAUUGUGACAUGUGCCAUGCAGUCGAGAUUGAACAUAGGGGCGAGGGGAUCUCGAGCGUAGCUUAUGUGGCAGCCACUCCGACGACAGAGAUCAACUCAGAUUAUGUAAAACGCCAGCUCGAAGCAUUCUUGAAAGGGACGUCUCCCGAGGACUUCCCCGAUGGGUGUGACGAGAGCAAGCUGAAGGGUUAUCCCGGCAGCGAUAUCAUCCUCAACGGGGGCAUAGGUAGGAAAGCUGUUGGUUUCGCUGUCUAA